AUGCUCGACAAGGCAUGGAAACAUCUCAAGGAAGAUGGAGUUGGUAUUAUGGGUAUGUAUGGUAUGGGCGGAGUAGGAAAAACAACGCUUCUCAUGCAAAUCAACAAUAAGUUCAGUGAAGAGAGAAGGUGGAAUUACCUGAGAUUGGAGUCCCGUUUCCAACAACGCAAAACGGAUGCAAAGUGGUAUUCACCACUCGUUCCCAAGAUGUAUGUGCGCGCAUGGGGGUUGAAGACCCAAUGGAAGUCAAUGCUUGGCGAAAAUGAAGCAUUUGAUUUGUUCCAAAAGAAGGUUGGACAAAGAACAUUAGGAAGCGAUCCGGAGAUCCCUGAGCUUGCAAAAAAGUUGCUAGAAAAUGUGGUGGCCUACCAUUGGCGCUCAAUGUCAUAG